GGGAUGUUACUCUGAGCUGGGGGGUAGUAGAGGGUAUAAGUAGACAGUGGCGUCUUUCCAGGCCGUGUCCGGGGUAUGCCAGGGCCGUGAUCCCGCAGAGGUGCUGUUUCUCCGGGCAGUUGGUAGCUCUGUCCCCGGUAUCGAGCAGUGCUGUGUGCCCGGGAUGGCCGGCCGGAGCCGCCGCUCAUGGCUCAGUGUGUUGCUGGGGCUGGUGCUCGGCUUCCUCCUGGCCUCCAGGCUCAUCCUGCCACGGGCCGCCGAGAUGCAGAGAGCCAGCCGGCGGAUCGGUGGUGCUGGGUCCGGCCAGGUGGGGAGCUGUGGCCUGCAGGCCGGCCUAAGGACUGAGUACACGGGGGUGCUAGGCUGGCAGCAGCAGCUACAGUCCGACCAGGGAGCACUGGACUCCACCAAUGAGGAAGAUGUCCCCCGGGCAAGGAACUUUCUGUUUGUAGGAGUAAUGACUGCACAGAAAUACCUGCAGACCAGAGCUGUGGCAGCUUAUAGAACCUGGUCAACUUCCAUUCCUGGAAAAGUUGAAUUCUUCUCCAGUGAGGGCUCGGACACCUCUAUACCAAUUCCAGUUGUACCACUCCAGGGAGUGGAUGACUCCUAUCCACCACAAAAGAAAUCUUUCAUGAUGCUUAAGUAUAUGCACGAUCAUUACUUGGACCAGUAUGAGUGGUUCAUGAGAGCAGAUGAUGAUGUUUACAUCAAAGGGGAUCGGUUGGAGAGCUUUCUACGAAGCCUGAACAGCAGUGAACCACUGUUUCUGGGGCAGACGGGCCUUGGCUCAACAGAUGAGAUGGGAAAACUGGCAUUGGAACCAGGGGAGAAUUUCUGCAUGGGUGGUCCAGGUGUAAUAAUGAGCAGAGAAGUCCUGCGCAGAAUGGUCCCCCACAUUGGAGAGUGCCUGAGGGAGAUGUUCACUACCCAUGAAGAUGUAGAAAUUGGAAGAUGUGUGAGGCGGUUUGCAGGAGUUCAGUGUGUCUGGUCUUAUGAGAUGCAGCAGCUGUUUUAUGAGAACUAUGAGCAGAACAAAAAGGGUUACAUCCGGGAUCUUCAUAACAGCAAAAUUCAUAGAGCCAUAACAUUACAUCCAAACAAAAAUCCUCCUUAUCAGUAUCGGUUGCACAGUUAUAUGUUGAGUCGGAAAAUAGCAGAGCUCCGCUACAGAACAAUCCAACUCCAUCGAGAAAUUGUUCUCAUGAGCAAAUACAGUAAUACUGAAGUUCACAAAGAUGAUCUGCAGCUAGGGAUUGCUCCAUCAUUCAUGCGGUACCUGCCAAAGGAAAGAGAAGAAAUACUUGAGUGGGAGUUCCUUACUGGAAAAUAUCUGUUUUCAGCAGCCGACGGGCAGCCACCUAGACGUAGCAUGGAUGCCUCCCAGCGAGAGGCUCUUGAUGACAUAGUGAUGCAGGUUAUGGAGAUGAUUAAUGCAAAUGCCAAAACAAGAGGUCGUAUUAUUGACUUUAAGGAAAUCCAGUAUGGAUAUCGCAGAGUUAACCCCAUGUAUGGUGCGGAAUAUGUUCUUGAUCUGUUACUGCUGUACAAAAAGCACAAGGGUAAGAAAAUGACCGUUCCUGUAAGGAGACAUGCCUACCUCCAGCAGACAUUCAGUAAAAUCCAAUUUAUGGAGCAUGAUGAAAUAGAUGCAAAAGAGCUGGCAUACAAAAUAAACAAAGAUUCUGGUUCCUUAUCAUUCCUCUCCAAUUCCCUCAAGAUGUUUGUCCCAUUCCAGCUUAGUGCCUCUAACUUCGAACACAAAGAACCUAAAGAAAAGAAGAUAAACAUCUUGGUUCCUCUUUCUGGACGGUUUGAAAUGUUUGCUAGGUUCAUGUCCAACUUUGAGAAGGUCUGCCUCAUUCCAAAUCAAAACGUGAAACUGGUUAUUCUUCUUUUUAAUUCGGACUCUAAUCCAGAUAAGGUCAGACAAGUUGAACUCAUGAGAGAUUUCCGUGUCAAAUACCCCAAAGCUGAUAUGCAGGUAAUGUCUGUGUCUGGAGAGUUUUCCAGGGCAUUGGCUCUGCAAGUCGGAUCUGCUCAGUUUAGUAAUGACUCUUUGCUCUUCUUCUGCGAUGUGGAUUUGGUAUUCACUACAGAAUUUCUUCAGAGGUGUAGAGCAAACACCGAUUUGGGCAAGCAAAUUUAUUUUCCAAUUAUAUUUAGCCAAUACGAUCCAAAAAUUGUGUAUGCUGGAAAAGUUCCAAGUGACAAUAAUUAUGCCUUUACAACCAAGACUGGCUUUUGGAGAAACUAUGGUUUUGGAAUCACCUGUAUCCAUAAGGGAGAUCUUAAUCAUGCUGGAGGCUUUGAUGUUUCUAUUCAAGGAUGGGGACUAGAGGAUGUAGACUUUUUCAAUAAAGUUGUUCAAGCUGGUGUAAAAAUAUUCAGGAGUCAGGAAGUAGGAGUGGUGCACAUACAUCAUCCUGUCUUUUGUGACCCCAAUCUUGAUCCUAAACAGUACAAAAUGUGCUUGGGAUCCAAAGCAUCCACUUAUGGCUCCACCCAAAGGCUGGCUGAAAUUUGGCUAGAGAAAAACGACCCAGCUUUUGGAAAAACCACUCAUACAAAUGACUCCGUGAGGACAGCCUGAUUACCCAGCAUUGCUGGUGCACAAUAAACAUUUUCAUACCAAUCUAAUUUAUUUUUUCUCAGUUUUUUAUGAAUUAAGACAACUAUAUAGUUUUAUUUUAGAAAUGAUGUCUUGCUCUGAUUUUAUUGAGCCUCUUGAGAACAAAGUAAAAUGUGAUCAGUAUUUUGCCUUUCAACCUUUUUUGAAAUAUGGCAAUUUGAAGGUUCAUAAUGAACAAAAUCCAUUUUAACUGCAUUCCAUUUUUUUUUUUUUUUAUUGUACCAGCUUGUUUCUUGCUUGUCCAUACACCUUCUGCGAAGACUGCACCGAUCCUUUUUACCAUUAUUGCACAAAAUCUGCAUAUUCAGUGGUCACAAUCGUUCAGUUUUUGUUUGGCAAAACCACAAACCUAGUAUGGAAAACCCUUGAUUUCAGAUCCUCUUUGAAACCUGUAGAAUUAUUUUGUACGAAUGGACAGAAGAAAUAUUGUCUGCACAUUUAAUUAAGACUUAAAACCUUUUCUUUUUUUUAUGUUCUGUGUGUCCUAGUGGAUGAAUGACACAAUGGCUGUGGUCAAACAAAUUUUACUUUAAUAAUAAUUUUUUUUUUAAAACCCAUAUAAAAAAAAAAAAAAAUCAAAUCCGUUAAGAACUGUUAUUGUGUAUGGAUGCCGAAUUUCAUUUUGCUGUAAUGUUAUCAGUUGUAAUUUAUUGUAGAGCCAUGGACUUUUUUUGUCUUGUUAUUUUGUCUCAAAUGUCUUUCAUUGUACAAAUAUUGCUGACUGUUUGUGUGACUGCCUGUGUUACAAAGUUAUGGUACACUACAGGAAUCCCUUGAGAAGAGACUCCUUAAAGGAACAGUCUGUACUAGGAGUCGUCUCCAUGUCAUUACAAUAUGUGUCCUUAUCAUUUGUUUUAUACUGGAAUCCUGCCACCAAAGCAGUUUAAAUGUUAAAUUGCAUUUUUAUUUUCAACAAAAGACCAAAAACUUCCACAUUCCCAUAUUACCAGCAGAUGUGGUCUUUGUCAGUCCGCUUUUUAAAAUUCAUUUACAAUGUGCCUUACUUACAAUAAAAAAAAAUACAUAGAAAUACUCCAUAUUUUACUGUGCUUAUGCUUGCACCAUUGGAUUUUCUGCUGUUUUUAGCAGGUGCUGUCCCCCCCCUCCCCCCCCACCCCUUUUCAACAUGCCUCCCAUGGAGUGGCUACUAGCACAGAAUUAAAGGAACACUAUAGUGUCGGGAAAGAAAACAUGUAUUUUUGACACUGUAGUGUUUAACUAUUUAGGUCUCCGGGCCCCCCCUUAGAUCGCUUGGAAAAGAUUUAUUUAACUUUUCUCCAUCGCAGCCACCGGUCUUGCCGCUGCUGGCCCUGCCGCCAUGGCUAAGAUCAUCAAUCCUGAUAAUCUCAGCCAAUCUGGUGCUUUCCCGUAGAAAAAGGAUUGGGGGGCUAUUACGCAUGCGCAGCAAAAAACUGCACUGCGUCAGUCAGCAUCUCCUCAUAGAGAUACAUUGAAUCAAUGCAUGUCUGUGGGGAACGUUCAGCACCUCCAUGCAGAGCAUGGAGAUACUGAACGUAGGUGCUGCACACUGUGCAGCACCGGACUAGGAAGCACCUCUAGUGACUGUUUGAGUGACUGCCAGUAGUGUUACUAGGCAGCAAUGUAAACACUGUUUGUUCUCUAAAAAGACAGUGUUUACUGUGUUCAGCCACCAAGAGCAGGCUUUACACACCACAACUGUUCCUUGAACUGUUUUUUGUUUUUUUUUAACAAUUUAAAAUAAAUGCAAAUAAUUGACCUGUGUUUUUUUUUUUUUUUUAGAUCUGGUUUUAUUUAAGGAUUGUGUACAUUUAUUUUGAUCUUACCCAUUUUAUUUAAAAUGUCUCUGUGCCUUAAAUGUCCUAUUAUCAUACCUGGGGCAUUGCAAAAUUGCAACUCGGGCGCUGUCGUUUACCAAAUACAUUACCUAAGCUCACAAAUCAGCGCUGUGGAUGUUCAGGUUUUAUCACUCUGCUGUUUAGUUAGUGAUGCGUAGCUUAGUGAGAGAGGGGAGAGACUUGUAUGAUAUGGAAAAUAUUUUAAAUUAUUGGUAUUUUGCCAUUAAAUCCCUCUGAGGCACCAUGUUUUUGAUCAUUUAAAAUGUUUAAUAAAAAUGUAAAA